AUGAGGCCGUGCGUUCAGUUCAUUCGUGACCAUGAGCUUUUUGAGGAAGAGCACACGUCUCUUUCACUGCACAACCUCGACCUUCAAGUGAUACGUGACCCAGGAUCAGUGCUCCUCAAAAGGUCAAUACACUCGCGCUCCGUAGUUGACCAACACGCUUCAGCACUUGGAGAGAAAGUACAGCGAUAUUAUAGCAAGAACAUGCAACUCUUGGCAGACCUUUGUAAGAAUAGUACGCUCUCCUCCUCUGUGCGGGCCGUUAAAAGUCUUUCCUGCGGCCCACAGCUGGGUAAGGAUUGGACCUACUUCGCGUCAUUGCAAAAAGCGCUGGCUUCCAACCAAGUGGUUCUUGUUAAGGGGGCGACUGGCUCUGGUAAGUCAACCUGUAUUCCAGCUGCCUUGCUUAGUACCGAGCCACAAGGAAGGAUCAUCGUCUCUGAGCCACGCAGAGUGGCUGCUAUCAGUCUUGCAGGAUACCAGCAGCAAGCUUUACCGGGCAAUCUUCGUCAGGCUGUUGCAUACGCGGUCCGAUUUCAAUCAACGGUUACGCCUGAGACCAAGCUGAUCUACCAGACGGAUGGUGUCACCCUGCAAUACCUCUUGGAUGACCCAUGUUUGCUAAACGUAUCAUAUCUUAUUCUGGACGAAAUCCACGAGCGCUCCAGUAACCAGAUUCUACUUCUAGCUAUAGUGCUUCGUGUGAUCAGGUACAACCCUAGGGUACAUGUGAUCUUGAUGUCUGCAACCUUGGAUGAGGUCCAGCUGCUGCAAUAUGUUCGUCGAUACACUGCCUCUACAUCCAUCUCACUAGACAAUCCACAGUAUUCAACAGACGUAUCCUUCCAACCAUGCAGAGAGGACUACAUUUUGCAGAUUGUUGACGAGAUUGUCACCUUGCAUACCACUAAUACCUCCCUGGAUGAUGGAAUCUUGGUGUUUCUUUCCGGUGCAGAUGACAUAGCAGUUUGCCUUGCCCUUCUAUGGGAGCGACUGUCAGUGUUAGGGGCUGGAAAGCAGGGUGGGAGGCCAUGGGUAGUCAUCCCAUUCCACUCCAAAAUCCCUGCUCAGCAAGCUAUGUAUCCUUUCAGCCCAAUUACUGGCAGGCGAAGGAUCAUCUUGGCCACCAAUGUAGCAGAAACCUCCGUGACAAUCCCUGGAAUCAGGUAUGUGAUUGACUCGGGCCUUCAAAAGCGGAUGGUGUAUCUUCCUGAGCACAGCACAAGCGUAUUGGUGGUUGUACCCAUCACCAUGUCAUCGCACAUGCAGCGGAGAGGGCGUGUUGGGCGCACUCAGCACGGCACAUGCAUCUUCCUCUAUCCAAAGUAUGUCGCUGAGAACGAGAUGCUUAUCAAUCCACAUUCAUCGCUCCAGUUCGAGCCCAUAGAUCACAUAUAUCUGAUGCUGCAGUCGUUUUCGCAGCGAUUCAAGGAGUCUUUUCCAUCGUUUUCAUUCUGUCUCGAGACUACCGAUCUACUUGAUCUAGUAGACUCUGCUAAGCUCUCAUUAACUAAGCAGAUACUGUACUAUACUUACCUCUUGACGACGGCCAGGUCAUCUUCAGUUACACAUAAACCAACACUGUGCAUUUCGGUAGCUGGUCUUGCUGCCACGCUGUUACCUGUUUCUCCCAGGACUGCGCUCUUCUUAAUGGUUGCAUACUAUUACGGUGUUCAGAGAGAGGCCUGUCUGAUUGCUGCAGGCCUUGAGGUUGGCUGGGAUGAUUUGCUAGGUGCCAGCAGCGCGCCACUUCUUUGUCAGGGGUCAGAUCACCUUUCUCUCCUAUAUGCUCUAGUGGGUCCACUGCCAAAGACAGGUAUGGCUUCCCAGAGCUACCACCAGGCUAAUCAGGUUGCUCGUCAACUGGAGGAUGUCUUGGACAAGAUCCUCAAGCUCCAUAAAGAUACCCUAUUUGAGUUUCUACGCUCAUACGUGCAGCUUCCAGACCUUAUGUCCGACACGUCCCUGGCUGCGGAGACCGGGGACAUUAUCAAACUAUGCCUUGCACUGACGAGUCACAUGACAGUUGCUCAACGUACCAGCAGCGGCUUUCGCACACUCUUCUCUGGAGCUAUUGUGAAUCCUUCUGGCAAGUCCUCAUGUACAGGCACCACGAGUAAUUUCUUAGUGUACAACCACAGCAUUAUAAUAGCCAACAAAGCCACUGCCAUUUGCUGUACAGAAGUUAGUGAGCGCAUGAUCAAACUCAACAGAUGGCUAGCAAUUGGUACACCACUUGAGGUCGUCUCCCAGGUCUCUAAAGAGAUCCCCAAGGCGGAGUCGCAGACUACCAAACUGAGCUUCCGGAGAAAUGUCAAACGAUAG